CUCAUGGUCAGUCAGUCAUGGGUCUUUCUGGAAUUCAGACGUGGGCUUGGACACUGUUAGUUUGUCUUAGCUGGAUGUUUGUUGGUCGAGCGGUGGCAGGACCCCACUUCAUGGUGGCCAUUCCUGCAGUUGUUGAAGCUGGAGCGGAGACCAGAUUCUGUGCGAGUGUUCUGAAGGCCACUGAGUCUCUGGUCAUGAACAUUACUCUGAUCUCCCAAGAGAAGGAGACAGUCCUCUUCCAGAAGACAUCCAGCACAGAAUUUCAUACAUGUGCUCAGUUUCAGGCUCCUUCAGUGCAGAAUAAUGAGGUGCAGAAUUUCAAGGUAGAGGUACGAGGUGGCACAUUUCACUUGGAAGAAGUCAGAAAAGUCCUGAUUAAAGUCUACCGGCCAAUUACAUUCAUCCAGACAGAUAAACCAUUCUACCUUCCUGGACAAACAGUGCAUUUCAGGGUCAUUUCAUUGGACACUAAGUUCAGACCUGCUGAUGAGCUGUAUGACAUCAUUGAAAUUCAGGAUGCUAAUUCCAACCGCAUUGGGCAGUGGUUGAACACCACAUCCAAAGGUAAAAUAUUGCAACUAUCUUUCUCCUUGAACUCUGAGGCCCAGAGAGGAAUCUACAGAAUUGGUGUGUGGAUUAAUGGAAACAAAAUAUAUCAAGACUUCAAGGUGGACAAAUAUGUUUUGCCGAAAUUCGAGGUCACAAUAAAUAUGUCUGAUAAAAUAAGCAUUGGACAGGAGGAAAUCAAAGUGAAAGUCUGUGCAAAAUAUACAUAUGGGCAGCCUGUGCCAGGCAGCAUUAAACUUGAGAUGUGUCAACCUCAACAUCUGUGGAGACGUUUUGGCAGUCCACUUGUUCCCCCUUCUAGAGUGACACAUGACAAAACAGCUGCAUGCUACAUGGAGCAAAAGCAGACAGAAAAAAAUGGCUGUUCCACAUUUAGAAUUAAGAUGUCCACUAUCAAAGCUGACCACCCAUGGAUACUUCAGCAUGAACUGCAUCUCAUAGCCAGAGGGGAAGAGGAGGGGACAGGUAUUUCAUACUCUAAAAAGAAAACAGUGAAGAUUUCUUAUGUUAUUGGAAAGCUGUUUUUUAUUGACACACCUAAGGUUUAUGACCGAGGAUCAACUGUUAAUGGAAAAGUUAAAGCAGUUCACUUCAACAAUACACCUAUUGCUGACAAGCUCAUCUAUUUGUUUAACUUCAAAAUGUGGUCAAAUCAGUAUCUACAGAACUUCACAACUGACAAUGAUGGUAUCGCCAGUUUCUCAUUAAACACAGCCAUCCACAAAGGAAGAAUCUUACUAAAAGCCAGUCUCACACAAGGAUGGGAGCCGAUGUAUCAAACUCCCCACUAUGAGGAUGCACUUCACACGUUGUCCCCAGUCCGGCCAUCCUCUUUUCAUUCUAAAUCACCCACAGUCAGCUCUGUUAAAGUGAAGAAUAAAGUGAAACCCCUUCCCUGUAACAAAACAGAGAACAUCUCUAUCAAGUACACAAUCGUAGGACAACCUCAGGGUUUUGUGGAUGUGAUGUAUUUGAUCUUAUCCAGAGGAACCAUUGUCAUGCAAGGACAUAAGAAGGUGGAAGUGCAAAAUGAUUCUGUGAAUGAGGGUGAGGUAUCCUUUACUUUGGAAGUGUCUCCAGAGAUGGCCCCAUAUGUCCAGGUUGUGGCUUACACUGCUCUCUCCAAUGAGAUUGUGAUUGCCCACAGUGCUGACUUCCCCACUGAGAAAUGCUUCAGCCACGAGGUGUCCUUGGAGUUUUCUCCAUCCUCAGCAGUACCAGGAGAAGAAACCACCCUGCAGGUGACGGCCCACCCAGGCUCCCUGUGUGCCGUGAGCGCCAUUGACCGGAGCGUCCUCAUCAGGGAGCCAGGAAAGACUCUGAAUGCAGACAAGAUAUUUCAUUUGUUGCCUGUUCAGAAAGCCUCCAGUAUCCCAGAGGAUAUUGAAGACUCUAUAUCAUGUUUAAGUGUCAGACAAAAAAGAUCUUUACGGAUACAUUAUGAACCUCCCAAGAAAAGUGACGCUUAUGCAGUUUUCAAGCGUUUGGGUCUGAAGAUAGCUACAAAUUUGUUCAUCAGGAUGCCAUUGUGUGUGAACUUCAAGGGAACAGAAUACUACAUUCGUGACCACUCAUCACUGCCUGACUUUGAGAUUGCUGCGUUAUUACAUGGAGGUUCUUCACCUAUAGAGACAAUUCGCACUUUCUUCCCAGAGACUUGGAUAUGGGACCUGGUGAAACUUGGAGAGUCUGGCCAGAAGGAUCUGCCCGUCACUGUCCCAGACACCAUCACCACCUGGGAGACAGAGGCUUUCUGUUUGUCCCCUCUGGGUUUUGGCUUGGCUCCUCAUAAGAUGCUCACUGUCUUCCAGCCUUUCUUCCUCGAGCUCAGCCUGCCUUACUCAGUCAUCCGGGGGGAGCACUUUGAACUGAAGGCAACCAUCUUUAACUACCUGUCUAGCUGCAUCAUGGUAACUGUGAGUCCAGCCUAUUCCUUAGAUUACACCCUCACCCCUCUUUCUGGUGAUGAGUACACAUCAUGUCUAUGUGCCAAUGAACGCAAAACCCUUGGAUGGACCAUGUUUCCCUCAGUCCUAGGUGUUGUGAAUGUGUCUGUGACUGCUGAGGCUGUGGCAUCCCACGCAUCAUGUGACAAUGAUACUGUGAGCGUACCAGUCAGAGGUCGCAUCGAUGUGGUCACACAACCACUCAUAGUAAAGGCUGAGGGAACAGAGAUGACAAAAACUUUUAACUGGCUGCUCUGUCCAAAAGGAGAGGCUUUGACGGAGGAAUUAGAGCUUCAGCUCCCUGACAGUGUAAUUGAUGGAUCUGCCCAUGCUUCGUUCUCAGUGCUGGGUGACAUCCUGGGCCGAGUCCUGAGAAACCUGGAUGGAUUGCUGAAAAUGCCGUAUGGAUGUGGAGAGCAAAACAUGGCACUCUUGGCCCCUAAUAUCUACAUCCUCCAGUACCUGAAGAGCACACAGCAACUGACCACAACCAUCAACGGAAAAGCCACUAACUUCCUGACCAGUGGUUAUCAAAGGCAGAUGAACUAUAAGCACAAUAAUGGUGCUUACAGCACCUUUGGAACAGGAGUUGGGAACACCUGGUUGACUGCUUUUGUGCUGAGAUCCUUUGUCAAAGCACAGUCUUUCAUCUAUAUUGACCCAGCAAAGAUUACAGAGUCUAAGACCUGGCUGGAGAGUAAACAGCAAAAAAAUGGCUGUUUUAAACAGUUGGGAAAACUUUUUAACAACAGAAUGAAGGGUGGUGUAUCAGAUAACGUGACUCUCAGCGCUUACAUCACUGCUGCCUUUUUGGAAACAAACAUGUCAGUAACUCAUCCUGUAGUGCAAAAGAGCCUGUCUUGCCUCAGGGAGUCCAUCAGCAACCUCAGCAACACCUACACCACAGCAUUGCUGGCGUACGUCUUCACCUUGGUCGGAGACACGGAGACCCGAGCUCACCUUCUGCAGCACCUGGACAGGGUUGCCUUACAACAAGGAGGUCUUCUCCACUGGUCUCAAACAGAAACAGAAACAUCUGACUCUCUGUCUGUGGAGAUCAGCUCCUACGUGCUGCUUGCCAAACUCAGUGCCUCACCUACUGCUGAAGACCUGGGCGACGCCGCCCGCAUCGUCCGAUGGCUCACAGGGCAGCAGAACCAUUACGGAGGCUUCUCCUCCACACAGGACACAGUGGUGGCUCUUCAGGCUCUUGCUCUCUACUCCACUCUGGUGUUCAGUCCUGAGGGUUCAAGCACAGUGACAGUCCAGUCUCCCAGCGGCAAGCUCACAUUUGAUGUGAACCAGGACAACAAACUGCUCUACCAGGAGGAGGCGCUGAAAGAUGUGACAGGAAAGCACAGUGUAGAGGUGAAGGGCACUGCGUGUGCCUCCAUGCAGAUUUCUCUCCACUAUAACAUCCCAACUCCUGCCGAUGUCAGCACUUUCUGUGUGGAGGUAAAAGCAGAAGCUAACUGCACCUCUCAGAGGCCUAAACUCACUCUGAAGCUGAAAGCCCUAUACAGUGGAAGGCAGAGCAGUACAAACAUGGUGAUCUUGGAUAUCAAAAUGCUUUCUGGAUUUGUCCCAGACCCAGACUCUUUGAAGAGGCUUCAACGUGCCCCGCUGGUGGAUCGUGUUGAGCAUAAUGAAGAUCAUGUUCUUGUAUACAUACAGGAGUUAAUGAAGGACAACCCUAUCAACCAUAUGUUAGAGUUUGAACAGAGGCUCGGAGUGCAGAAACUGAAACCAGCUGUGGUCAAAAUCUAUGACUACUACCAGCCAAGUGACCAGGCUGAGGUAGAAUACGUAUUCCCUUGUGGCCUAGAUCAGGAAGAUGCAGCACGGAGAUAAUCUGAUCAUGGGCUUCAGUAUCGGUGGAGGGAUAGACCAGGACCCUGGACAGAACCCUUUCUCCGAUGACAAAACUGACAAAGGCAUUUAUGUGACCAGGGUAACACCAGGGGGACCAGCACAUAUCGCAGGCUUGAAAAGGGGAGAUAAAAUAAUGCAGGUGAAUGGCUGGGAUAUGACUUUUGUGACCCACGAUCAGGCUUGUAAAAAACUAACAAAGAAGAAUGAGAACGUGGUGAGGCUACUGGUAAGCAGGAAGUCGUUCAUGGCCAGUUGUCCUAGACAGCAUUAGUGGCACAGCUUAUAUCAGUGCAAAAAAAAUAUAUAACUAGAUCAGUUCUUUUCAUUUUAAUAUCCAAGUCAGUUUUUUUUCUCAUUCUAAUCAGUCUUUGGAUAAGGGUGGUCUUUGUUUUCACACACAUAGUACUGCUUUCAUACGUUUUUAUAGCAUAUUAUAGCAUGUACGUUGCAAAAUAUGUAUUUUUUUUUUUUUAGCUACAAAUACAUUUAUCUGAUUUAUCCUGUUCUUAAAUUAAAUAAAGAAUUCAUAGUGAGAUUAUAACUACUACCAUAAAUUAGUAGUAAUUUUAAGAGUCUUGGUUAAAAACAUAUUUCAGUCUUUUUGUCUGCGUCUAGUCAGUGUUGGUUUUGAUGGUUUUGACGACACAUAGAGAAUGUUUGUUGCUGUUUAGUGUGUCAUUUAUCAUCAGUGUUUCAUCUCAUUUAAAUAAAAGAAUGUUUUGCUGUCAGAAAAAGUCAUUGUAUUGUAUUAAAGCUCCAUUUCAUGUAAUUUCCAUCAGUACAUUAC